UGACGCCACCGUUCAGCAUAAAAAGCUCGAGAGGCCAUUUAGAAAAUUCAUUCAGCAAUAAACCAGCUCAAAAUGAUGAAACUCGUGGUGCUCAUCUUUGCUGUCCAGCUGUGUGUUUAUGCGCAAGCCAGAGACCAGGGAAGAUCGGGUAAUGGGGGACAUACUGAUAAUGACAAUGACCACAAUGGCUUUAAUCACACUGAAAGGGCUAACCAUACUGACAGGGCUAAUCACACCGAUGUCUUCGGAAGACACGACGAUGAUGAUGAUGAUACCACCACCAGUACCACCACCAGUACGACCCCCAGUUCUGUGAGUGUGUCUACGUUGAAAACUGCUCAGAAAGUAGGAGCAAGCGUUAAAACAACCAAAGCCCCAAACACCACCAAAACCUCGAAGACAACUACUACCAAAAGCCCUAAGACAACCAAGGCUUCAAAAAUUGGCUAAAAAAUGUGACAAAGCACAAAAGUCUACACUUUUUAUAUUAAUUUGGACACUAAUAAUUUGAUGUUAAUAUACAAGAAUGGGAUUUGAAUAAUUUUGAUCUAAAUAUUUUAUUAUUGGGCGGACCUUUGAACUCUUGUAUCUUGGUUGGAAGAGGUUAUUUUUUCUUUUUGAAUAUUGUGAAUAAAAAUUUGAUCCUAAAUACGCA